AAAAAUGCCACUUGGAAAGUUGGACCUAGUCGAAGAGGAGUACAUCGCCGAAAGCGGAGAUCACACGCCAGAAGCCUCCCGGCUUAUGGGAAAUGGUGAUUCUGUAGUUGAAAACUUGAAUGGUCACACAAAUGGGGCAGUUGCGAAGAAGAAAAAUGAGCCAAGGGUGCCGGAUAUGCAGUUGGGCAAAUGUCGCUAUGUAAGGUUACAUGACAAUGUAAACUAUGUCGCUGCUGCAAUUAUUCUACGGAACCAGGGAGACGACACAGAGGUGCUCCUAAUCCAAGAGGCCAAGAAAAGUUGUCGUGGGAAAUGGUAUAUGCCUGCCGGACGGGUAGAAGCUGGUGAGACAAUUGAAGAAGCAGUGGUACGAGAGGUUAAAGAGGAGACUGGGUACAGUUGUGAUGUUGUGGAACUCCUGUCACUACAAGUUCAAGGAUCCGGAUGGUAUCGAUAUGCUUUUUAUUGUAAUAUUACAGGCGGUGACCUGAAAACAGAACCCGAUCAGGAAUCCCUAGCCGCAGAGUGGUAUAACAUCAAGGAUCUCAAAGCCAACAAGGUUCAGUUAAGAGGCCGAGAUUUCAUCCGACUAGUCGACGAGGCCGUCACAUACCGAACACACGGCCCCGUCGAUUCUAUUCCACGUGUAAUGCCGUUAAAUCAAAACGUUGCUGGAUUAUUUUUGGAGUUUAUGAUUGUCAAGCACUCUAGGGAUGGGCUCCGAACCGAGGUGCUCGUGCACAAGUCGAUCAAGGACGAGACGUACCUGCUGGAAGAGGAACAGCCAUUCCCAACGGUGGAAUUUGGGUUCGAGUACUUCUUUGCGAUGGUUGUAUCCAAGUGUUAUAGGCAUUUGCUCGAAGAAGGUGCCAAUGUAGUAUUUACACCGUCUCACGUGACGCGGAUAAAAUGCCACCCAAAACCAAUGGAAUCCCUGGCGCACGGAGUCUCAAUAAGGGUUUACUGCGAGCACAAGCAAUCCGCUUCAAAAGCCAUCAUUCGGAGUCCGCGGUAUCACUGGAUAUCCGUCGAAUCACCGGAGACACGACAGCGAUUUCACAUGGCUCAGAAGCAAUUCCGGCCGUCACUUCAUAUGCUUUAAUGCUUUUGGUUUUCUUGAAUAAACAUUUGAAAA